AUGUGCCGAGAUGAAGAGAGAUCAUACACUUCGCUUGUGAAUGUCGGAACACUGAGCCCCAACGUCCCCGAAGCCUCCUCCAAUACCAAGCAAGAUUCGUCGAGUGGGGGAUACUUCGCGCCGUUCGGAACUGACGAGCCGGCCGAGGAGCUCUUUGUCCGUAACGACAGCCUGAAAAAGAUCGUGCCUAUGGUCAAUGUCGCCAAGGAGGCUCAGAAGCAGCCCGUUCCGACUAACAAGUGGUGGGCCAACAUCAUCCACGUAACCGACCUCAAGAACGUGACCAACUACGCUGCGGUGGUCCAACCCGCCUGCUACUCGUACUCGUACCGACACAUCGCUCCCGAGGUCAAGGGCAUGGUCAAGGAGUACAACCACUCGUACCACAACGACCUGACGCUGUCGUCGCACGAGUUCUUUUCGUACGAGCCCAAGUACGAAGUAUACGAAUGGGACGAAGGUGGCGCCAAACUGCGCACGUGUGACGAGGCCAGCGGCAAAUGCAUGGAGUCGGCUCUCGUGAGCGGCAUGGCCUUCGUGUCCGCCACGUACGACGGACUCACCCCGCGCAUCGACACGGAACACGACAUCGUCGAUCUGGACGACUCGGCACCGGGCAAGUUCGUCAUCCACCUCAACAACAGCCAGACGUGGGUGCUGUACGCGAGCGACAAGAGCCUCAAGCUCCGUGUGGAGGACUCGGUGGUGUUCUCGAUGAACGCGUCUGGAUCAUCGCUCGUGGCGGACGCGGGCUACUCGGGCACGAUCCGCGUGGCGCUGCUGCCUGACGACGCCGACGACACGGUGUACGACGAGUUUGCUUCGUGCAUGGUGCGCGGUGGCAGCGUGUCGAUGGAGUCGCGCACACGGUACUCGUUGCAUUGGGACGUGGAGGGCAGCAGUUGCCAGACAGUGGGUCUGCUGCAUUUCGCGCUGCCGCACCAGUUGGAGUCGAUGAGCGGAUCUCCGACGGCGUCGAGCAGUGCUGGAGCCAUUAUGUUGCACUCGGCUACUCGCGGUGUGAUGGUGGGUCAGGUGACGACUACGCCGACGUGGUCGUUUGUGGAGGCCGAGGCAGACUUCGAGGUGGACUUUUACCCGCCGCGUAAGCCGUCUGCGUGGAUCAUCAAGGACAUGCUGAAGACACUGCAGAAGGACAUCAUCGCCAACUGGUCCGACUGGGACAACGGCAAGUAUUACCAGAAGUACGCGUCGCUGUGUCUGAUGGCGGCAGACAGCACGAUCGUUGGCUCGGACACGACGCUUCUGUCGUAUUGUUUGGAGAAGCUGGAGGCUAUGAUCGAGCCGGUGCUGAACAACACGCUGUCACCGCCGCUCAUGUACGACACGCUCUACAGCGGUUUGAUCUCGAGCUCUAUCUUCCAGACGGGCAGCAUCUACACGGAGUUCGGCAACGGCAUUUACAACGACCACCACUACCACUACGGCUACUUCGUGACGGCUUCUGCUAUGCUGAAGCACCUGGACCCGAAGUGGUCGCGCAUGCCGGAGCUGGAGAAAAUCAUCUGGACGAUGCUGCGUGAUGUGACAAACCCGAGCGCCGAAGACAAAUAUUUCCCUCGGUUCCGUCACUUUUCGUGGUAUUUGGGCCACUCGUACUCCCACGGAGUGACCUCGAUCGAGAACGGCAAGGAUGAGGAGAGUACGUCGGAGGAUAUCAACUUCUACUAUGGCAUGACGUUGUGGGGCAAGGUGACUGGGAACAAGGCGGUGGAGGACCUGGGAAGCCUGAUGCUUCGUCUCGAUGCCCACGCGAUUCGGACGUACUUCUUGCUCAAGUCGGACAAUACGAUCCAUCCACCUGAGAUUGUCCGCAACCGCGUUACGGGUGUCUUCUUUGAUAACCGGGUCUGGUACAACACUUGGUUUCUGGACAGGGUGUACGCUAUCCACGGGAUUCAGAUGAUCCCGGUGUCUCCGAUCAACGAGUUGGCCCGCACGUCGACUUUUGUGGAGCAGGAAUGGAACGACGUUUUGUCCAAGGAACGUAUUGUGGUCCAUGCACUGACCAACUACACGUGGCUCUCGUUGCUUCUUGUGAACGCUGCAACUGUGAACCCGAUGGACUCGCUACGCAAGUUGAAGAAUGCAACGAUGGACGAUGGUCUUUCUCGUUCGUGGGCACUGUAUAACGCUGCUACUCGUUGCAGAGAUGACGUGGAUGUUAACGUGUCGGCGGCUAUCAAGUUGACCGUCCAGGCAUAG